AUGCCCGAUUCGUACGAUCUGUACGAUCUUCUAGAGCUUCUACGAUUGCUGAACGAGUUGGGCCGUGAACCGGUGCCUGACAUUGGCCAAUUGAGACAGAUCCGGAUUCUCUGGCAGAUAAUACUGGGGAUAGACGAACACGGGUUUGACGCUUCGAAGUACACGAAUAUCAGCUUGGAAUUGAGAUCGAGACUUGGAAAUGUCACGUAUCAAUGUCUUGCUUCCCAAGAGCCUGACCCAUCCUUCUCAAUACACAAUGCGCUUGGAGAUGUGUUAUUAACGAGAUCAAUGAUACGAUCCAUCGAGGAGGAGACUGGACACGGAAGAAGAGAAGACAUCACACAGGAACUCAGCAUGAUCAACAAGAUACGACUAGUGCUGUUCGAUCUGGAAAAUGUGAUCUCAAAUGUGUCUGUGAAAACGAGUCUCGUGGAAUACAUUGCCAGAGCUUACGAGUACGAGAUCCAAUACCACAUGAACGCAGGCGUCUUGUUGGAGGAUACAACCAGCGACUUGAUCAAGAACGAGGACUCUCUCGUGCCGCUGAUGUUUGAGUCUAACAAUGUGUCGUUUGACACUUGCUACAAACAGAGCUUACUUAUGCUGACAGCUUCCAGCCGAUCAGGCACCGAUACCCGUUCGAAGAUCCACAAAGCAGCCAAACUUACAGUUGAAAGCUUCAUGAACCUCAACAACAUAUCAAUCGUGUACAAUCUGCAUCUCAUCAGCGAGUACCAUUUGCGCAUUUUCAAUAUUAUAAAAUACCCGCUUCGCAAUCUACACCACAAACACAACCUCGAACAUGCAAUCGACGAGUAUUUCUCGCUUCAUCCGAUACUACCUAUUUUGAAACCCAUCAUUCGUCAGCUAACGAGUGAGAGCCGUCCGUUGAACGACUCUACGUCUGAAAUCUUCGGAUUACUUGCUCAACUGGUUGAAAAGUAUUUGCAAACUUCCUCGGCUCCAUUACCAGUGAAAUGGUUUCCUCGGGUCUUCGAAGUUUACGUGAAUGUACUGCAAGAAGAAGGAACCAAUUUCGAGCAAGAUGUCUUUUUCCAGGAUAUCAAACGUGCUACGCUUAAAUGGAAAGAUAGAGAAAUCACCUCCAAUUCGUUUGCAAAAGAACUUCUUGCAUUGUCUCUGAUUCCAAGCUCCGAGCCUUUUUCAUUUGACGGCCAGAUUCUUCCUUCACCAGCCAUGCGCUAUGCGCUGGUGAGCGUAAAAAACGAGUUCGAUUUAAAGUCAAAAUACAUGCGACUCUGGUUUGACUCAAUGACUUAUCUUCAUACAGACAGAGAAUUAUUGAGCAUUUGGAAGAGAUCCGUCAAGCAGACAUAUUUGAAAAAGUGGUUUGAUAGGACCAUCGACAAUGUAUCAAAGAACGAAGAGGCAGCAGCAUUCCAGACACUUCGAACAUUGAGGGAUUCAUUCCACGGAUGGAAAGUCAAAACCGAGGCACAGAGAGAGCUGCAAACGAAAGCAGAUACACAGCUACUUUCAAAGACCUUUUCUAGGUGGAAACAAAAGGUGGCUGUUUACAGCCAACAAGAAAACAAGUGUUUAGAUCUUGGUCCGCUCAAGAAGAAGUAUUUCAAGCUAUGGAGGCUGGCUUCCAUGGAUCGUGGAUCUCAUUUGGCAAGGAUCAAUAACCAGAUAAUUAUCAAAGUGACAUUUGACAAAUGGAGAUCCAAGUUCAGUCAGCAACAAAAACUCGUUACAACGGCCAAUGAGACUCGCAAACUGCUCACACAGUCCCACUUCUUCGAUAUCUGGGUUUCACGCUCGUCCUCAAGCUUGAAAAAAGUCCAGACGCUGCAACACUACGAGAGACAACUACUUCAAGCCAAGACUUUCCAGAGUUGGGUGAAAGCCUACAACCUUCACAUGCUGAAGCAGGAGGUUCAACACAAUAACGACCAACACUUGGUUCAUUGGAUUUUCCAGAAUUGGAAACAAUUCCAUACACAUGAGCGUAUACUGGGGAAUUACUUACGAGAGCAAGAUGCCGAAACUCUGAAAAAAUACUUCGCCAAAUGGCUGUCUGUGCGUCGGCUGAACGCAGUUGCCGACCAGUUCAGAGAUCAAUCGGUAAUUCAGCGGACCGUGGAACAGUGGAAACUGAGCCUCCAAGAGUCUAAAGUGCGUCACCAGAGAGAAAAGUUGAUUGCGGAGAAGUACCUGAAAUCCUGGAGACUGCGAACACGGAGAGAUGCGUUUUUACAAGGAGUUCACGAUCGGUCGACCUCAAGGAUAUUUGACCUAUGGCACGAAGCUGCAUCGAGGUACUCGUCACUGAGGAACGUGGCUGACGAUGCAGCUACCAAAUCAAGGAAGAAGACUUUCUUUAGGUCCUGGGAUGUACUGGUUGCUCAGAGACAACAGGCAUUGGUUCGGGCUGAGGAAUGGCGAAUGGAUCAAGAUGAAAAGAGGGACCGAGAACUACUGGAGACAUUGGUGCAGCUUUGGAAACAUAGCGCAACUGAGAAUGAGCUGAAACGUCAAAAAUUGGAAACGAUUUUGGCCAAAUUCAACAGUUCCAGCACGAUAGCUAAGAAGUUCAGACUAUGGCGAGAAAAGUACACGGACUUCCGUCAAGAUGAAGAUGAAGCUGACGAUUUCCGCGCUCUAACUCUGGAAACACGGAUGCUUGGCAAAUGGAUACGUCGUUUUGAUCGAGUUUUGGAGCUCAAUCAGAUCUGCGACAAUCAAAUCGAGGUCAACAACGUUGAUCUUCUUUCUCACAUUGUUUCACAAAUGUCGCUCAAGGCCAUAAAGAUCCAGACGGAUUUGCGGAAUGCAGACCGAUUCAAGGAACGAUGGACAAGAAACAAACAGCGAAUGUUCUUUGAUAUGUGGAGGUAUGGUUACGAAGCUAAAAAGAACCAGACCCAAAACCAGGAUGUGUUUGCAGAGGAGCCGAUCCCAACACUGUCUCCACUUGCCCAAAGACUAAGAGGCACGAAUUCAAUGCUGGAUUCGUCGUUUUCUGUUGCAACUCCUGGCCGUCUGCUUCGUACUCCUGCGGUUGCACGAACCAGUACCAUUCCUGCUACCGAACGAGUCAGACGGAUGUACAUGGAACAAAGACGCAGCCAGUACCGCCAGGUCAAACAGACGUCUCCUGAAAAGAGUCUGCUACUAACACCAACCAGAAGAAAUCGCGUGGGGCGAGUCUCUCUAGAAGAAGAUAAUGUUUUCAUUCAACGAGAUGAAACAUGA